UAGCUAAAUCUGCCCAAUUUCCCCUUCAUGUAUGGUUACCGGAUGCUAUGGAGGGGCCUACUCCAAUUUCUGCUCUUAUACAUGCUGCUACUAUGGUAGCGGCGGGAAUCUUUCUUGUAGCUAGACUUCUUCCUCUUUUCAUAGCUAUACCUACCAUAAUGAAUGGAAUAGCUUUCAUUGGUAUAAUAACAUUAUUUUUGGGAGCUACUUUAGCUAUUGCUCAAAAAGAUAUUAAGAGAAAUUUGGCCUAUUCUACAAUGUCUCAAUUGGGUUAUAUGAUGUUAGCUCUAGGUAUGGGAUCUUCCCGAGCUGCUCUAUUUCAUUUAAUUACUCAUGCUUAUUCAAAAGCAUUGUUGUUCUUAGGAUCUAGAUCAAUUAUUCAUUCAAUGGAAACUAUUGUUGGAUAUUCUCCAGAAAAAAGUCAAAAUAUGGUUCUUAUGGGUGGGUUAACAAAACAUACGCCAAUUACAAAAACAGCUUUUUUAAUAGGUACGCUCUCUUUUUGUGGUAUUCCACCCUUUGCUUAUUUUUGGUCCAAAGAUCUGAUUCUUAAUGAUAGUUUUGUAUUCGCCAAUUUUUGCAAUAUUAGCUUAUUUUACAGCUGGAUUAACCGCAUUUUAUAUGUUUCGCAUCUAUUUACUUGUUUUUGAAGGAUAUUUCAAUGUUCAUUUUCAAAAUCUCAAUGGC